GCUGCACAUCACCCAUUAUUCUUUGCCAUGCAUGCAAAUGAUAGCUCCAAAGGCCACUGGCAAAUGCUGAUAGGGAACGUCAAAAUGGGAAUUCCCUGUAGUGUACGGUACCCUGACUGAGCAGCCAAGUUCAGAGCUCCCCUAAAAUCACUGGCAGGAGCAUGAUAGCUGAACGGUCUGGUGAGGGAUCUCCCAAGGGGCAGUGGUUGGGAACAUUCUUCAGGGUCCAUUAUAGAACAGGCGCCGGCGUUGAAUGAGGUCUGAGAAAAGCGUGUCCCCUUUCACAAAGACGGGGAAUGCGCAUGUUCGGAAACGGCCGUGACGCAACCCUCAAAACGGCGGCAGCUUUGGUAGCUUGAGAGCGACUCCUGAAGGGCCAAUAUAAGAGCCCUAUAAAAGGGUUCCCCUCGCGGUUUCUUGACAGAAUGAGGAUCGUUGCAAACCGCAGAAUUUGGAAAGUCCCUCAGAAGCGGCCGCUUUGAAGCUAGAAGCCACUCCUGAAAAGGCUUGAGAAUGCAGCACAACAGGACAAGGACAAGAAUUCGAAUGUGCGCCGGCACAUUCUGGGUGCAAGCUAGGUCUCUUUGAGCACAGCUCCAUUGGCGGGGUCUUGUUAACGCCAGGCCGCCGCUUGGCCAACAACUUGCUGACAGCUGGCGCGGUUUUGCUCAGGCUUUAACUGGUGGCUUUCAAGACAGCUUUAACAACCAGAAGGAACGGGCGAGUCCUGGGCGCCUCACAUGUUCGAUGCCGGGCGAAGGUGAUCACAGCUGUCGCAUUCCUUUCCAUUCGGAGCGGCGACAAUGUCUCCCCCCCUUCUGACUUGCGAGCCCCGCAUGCUUUCCCGGGGCCAUAGAGCCAGCAGAUUGACAACCCCCUUCCAGGACCGCAGGUCCAAACGAUUGACGGUGACAAUCCCCGAGUCAGCUGCCUGGCUUGACACACCAAACUGGUGUCAAUUAGAACAGCACCUGCUGUCCCCAGACUUGGCAGCUGACUUUGACACCAUUGAUUUAGACACCGUUCACAUAAAGCUCCCCCAAGCCACAGCCUGCGAGUCGAUAAACAGUUUUUGUCCCGGGGGGGAGAGCUUGGGAUCCCCAGCAGGGACACCCAGAAGCAGGGACCCCCCUGGAGAGUGGGGCGACAGCGCCGGCAGUCUGCGGGUGUUUGGAAGCGAGGUGGUGGAGAGCAGCAACUUUUUUGGGGGGGGCGCCAUGGAGGAGAGCGACCCUGAGGGGGGCCCUCCAGCCAACACAACAGAAGAAGACAGCUCCUUGUACAGCCAGUACUUGCAGGAGCUGCCAGCUGGCGCGCCACCUGCAACAGCUGGCGCACCCUUGACCAUGCCAGCUGGCAUGGAGCUGGCAACAGCUGGCAUGGCAGCUGCUCCACCGCUUCCGUUUGGUGACCCAUACCAACAGACAGGAAGAUUUCCAGCCGUCCAAGCCGUUGCCGCGGCGCCGACGUGGCGCAACCCGUACCAGGCAAUAGUGGGGCAACUAGAGCUGGGCCCCGGUCUUCCCGCCAGCCAAGCUUCGUUCCUGGCCACCCCCCCUGCUUUGCCCGUGUCUCUACCCCCCCUGGGCCGGGGCUUACCCCCGUUCGAGCUGCCAAAUCCGCAGACGCAACGGCAAGGGGGUUUGCCCCAGCUUAGAGACCAAACGAACCUGCACAACAUUUUUACCGAACUGUGGGACGUCUAUGAACGCGAUGCAGACCCCACCACGAACCCCGGGCUUAACCAGCCGGUUACGUAUGACCUGCGGGAGGGUUUGGGUAGGCCCCCACCUGAGGGGGGACCAAGGGGAACCCAGGAAAUGGGAUCAGAGGAGUGGGCUCGGGCCCGCAUCCGUCCGGGGGGAUCCCUCCCGAGCCUUCGCCGCUUCCCUUCCGACCCCCCCGCGCCGAUCGAACGCGCGCUCCCGCGCCGGGAUCAAGAGUCGGCCGCCCUCCUCCACUUCCCCCAACUCGAGCUUCAUCGCGACGUGCCGUUGUCCGACGCGGCGCUGACUGCACUCGCCAUAUCACUCGGUCUUUUCCGCCGCGAGGGGGAUCCCCUGGGCACGCUUCCCGAGCUCGUGCCACGUGUCCCUGUGCCCGCGGGGGGGCUGCUCCCUGAGCGCUCAGCGGGGCUAUCCGGCGCCGCCGGAAGAGUUUCCGACCUACCCCCGGCGGUGCUCCAAAGAGUGGCGUCCGCGCCCCCUUUGGUCGGUGCAACUCUUCCGACGCUCAUCGUUCCUACCGACCCUGCACUAGAGUCCCCGGGGGUGGUCUCAGCCGUCCAGCUGGCAUCAUCGGAGGGCAGCCCAGCCGCCACGUCGACGCCCGCCAAGCGGCCGAGGAAGCGGACUGCGAGAGGGAGGGCCAACGAGGGACAACUAGAGAAGGCUCCGUCUCUGAAGCGGCCGCCCAGCCCAACGCCAAACGCUCUCAGAGACCCGGAAGAUAACCCGCCGCAAAACCCGGGCGCGGCGGCGGACCCAGCUAACUUGGCGCCAAACCGGACGGUCAGCGGGUGGUCCGUACAGAGCCUGGAUGAUCCCCGGGCCGACAUUGGAGGUCAGGACACGCGGCGCCCUCUGAAGAAGCCACGUGACGUCUCCCCGGGCGGGGGUGCGACGAUGUCCGCGCACUCCAGUGGGGGGGCAAGCGCUGCAGGGAGCCUCAGCAAGUCGGCGGCCCCCCCCGAGAGCGAGGGGCCGAGGGAGAGACAGGAGGAGAGGGCGCGUAAGAGAAGCGCGCGCAGAAGUCUGCUGGACAAGCUGCGCAACAAGACGUGCGGCUGUAAGCAGGACUGGCCCGACGACAUGCAGAAGCUGUUCGACCUGUCACAGAAGCAGUCGAACGACCUCCGCUCUCUGCGCGGACAGCUGGACCACGCGAACCGCCGCGACUCCCUGCAGACGCAGGAGAUCGAAGCGCUCCAAAGCGCCGUCGCAGAUCUGCAGCGAGCGCUCGACGCCGCGCGCGCGCAGCGCGCGCGCCAGGGGGCCGUUCCGGCGGCGCCCGGGGAGGGGGCGGCCCAGCCGCGCGCUAAUGAGGGCGGCGCGCGCGGGCCUGUGGAAGCGCGCGCGAUGGAAGAUGCUCGCGCGCCUGGGGCCCGGCGUAGGGAGGAUCCCCCGGCGGAGGGCAGGGGGGCCCGGUCGAGUGAGGAAGAGUCGAGCAAAGGCCCCCGUUCGAAAUGGUAG